CCAAUAUGUGGCUGAUUUUGCUUCUUGGAAUCCUCAGCAGAACUACCUGGGGUCUGGAAACAUUUGCUGGAGACCAAGUUCUCCGCGUGGAGCCGUGCAAUGAAGCGCAGGUCCGCCUGCUGAAACAACUCCAGGCGAGGGAACCUUUGCAGCUUGAUUUCUGGCGGUCCCCUGCAAACGCGAACGAAGCCGUGGACAUUCGAGUGCCUUUCGCCUGCCUCCAAGACGUCAAAGUCUUCCUCGAGUCCCGUCAGAUAAAAUACAGUAUCCUGAUUGAAGAUGUCCAGGCUUUGAUUGACGAAGAAACCCGGGAGAUGAACCUCAGUGAGCGGAAGGAACGUGGGAGCCGGAGCUUCAACUAUGGGGCUUAUCACCCUUUAGAAUCCAUUUAUCAAGCGAUGGAUGAUCUUGUGGCCGAACACUCGGAGAUUGUGAGCAAACAGCAGAUCGGAGAGUCUUACGAACAACGACCUCUUUAUGUGCUCAAGUUCAGUACUGGAGGAAAGAACCGCCCUGCGAUCUGGAUCGAUGCGGGGAUCCAUGCUCGAGAGUGGGUCACCCACGCCACUGCCCUGUGGACUGCGAAAAAGAUGGCCUCUGACUAUGGGCAAGAUCCUUCUGUGACCUCCCUGUUAAACACAAUGGAUGUGUUCCUGAUGGUUGUUGCCAAUCCCGAUGGAUAUGUGUUCACUCACACGAAGAAUCGUAUGUGGCGAAAGACCCGCUCCAAGACUCCCGACAGCAGUUGUAUUGGAGUAGAUCCCAACAGGAACUGGGACGCCGGCUUUGGAGGACCGGGAGCCAGUGAUAACCCUUGCUCAGAUUCUUACCAUGGACCCAAACCCAACUCCGAAGUGGAAGUGAGGUCCAUCGUGGAGUUUAUCAAGAGCCACGGAAACGUCAAGGCAUUUCUUAGCAUCCACAGCUACUCACAACUCCUGAUGUUUCCCUACGGAUACCAGUGCUCCGAAAUCAACGAUUACGCAGAGCUGGACGACGUGGCCCAAGCUGCCGCCAACGCCUUGGCCUCCCUCUACGGGACCCAAUACAGAGUCGGACCCAUCUGUUCUGUCAUUUACCAAGCCAGUGGGGGCAGCAUCGACUGGACCUAUGACUACGGGAUCAAAUACUCGUUGGCCUUCGAAUUGAGAGACACCGGCCACUACGGCUUCCUCUUGCCUGCCAACCAGAUCAUUCCGACGGCACAGGAGACUUGGCUGGGGCUGAAAACCAUCCUUGAGUAUGUGCGGGAUCACCCUUACUGAAGAGGAGGAGAGGAAGAAAGGAGGGUGUGGCACGCGGCCAUGACUUUCCCUUCCAAAGGAGUCACCAGGAGAGCUUGGGAAAGUGCCCAUUUUGGACUACAAACCCCAGAAUCCCCCAACCUGUCCAUCCUUGCAAAAGCAGACAUGCCCUCUAGCCUGAAAUUUCACAAAUUCAGCACCCUCGGCGCAGAAUACGUAGCCACGCAAGAAGGACCGGGCUAAAGCAGAACGCACUGAGGCAGCAAUCCUUCUUCUUUGGUAA